UGUCACUUUCCCAUUCAAACACUUUUUCAUAACCAAAACCUUUCCCUCCCUACACUUCAAUUCCCCUAUAUAACUAUAUCUUCAUUUGGUCUAUUUCCUCAAAACUCCCAAGACUCUUCCAAUGGCUUCUUCACAAAUAACAAUUGUUGCUCUACUUAUUUGCUUCUUCUUCAAUCUUGUUUAUGGAGAUUGGCAAAAUGGUCAUGCCACCUUUUAUGGAGGAGGAGACGCUUCGGGCACAAUGGGGGGUGCUUGUGGGUAUGGGAAUUUGUAUAGCCAAGGAUAUGGUACCAAUACUGCAGCAUUGAGUACUGCUCUUUUUAACAAUGGUUUGAGUUGUGGGUCUUGUUAUGAAAUGAGAUGUAAUGAUGACCCUAGGUGGUGCUUGCCUGGUAGCAUAAUUGUCACUGCGACCAAUUUUUGUCCACCGAACCCUGCUCAAUCUAACGAUAAUGGUGGUUGGUGCAACCCCCCUCUCCAACACUUUGAUUUGGCUGAGCCUGCUUUCUUGCAAAUAGCACAGUAUCGGGCUGGUAUUGUGCCUGUCGCAUUCCAAAGGGUGCCUUGCAUGAAGAAGGGAGGAGUGAGAUUUACAAUCAAUGGUCACUCAUACUUCAACUUGGUAUUAGUUACAAACGUGGGCGGUGCAGGAGAUGUACACGCAGUCUCAAUCAAAGGAUCAAAGACAGGGUGGCAACCGAUGUCACGGAACUGGGGGCAAAACUGGCAAAGCAACUCAUAUCUCAACGGGCAAAGCCUUUCUUUUCAAGUCACAACGAGCGAUGGAAGAACCAUCACUAGCUACAACGUCGCAUCAUCUGGUUGGCAAUUUGGUCAGACAUUUCAAGGGGGGCAAUUUUAAGUUAUAGAAACACAAAGGGUGUGAAAGUUAAAAAUGGGAAACUCAAAUAUGAGAAAUGAAAAUUUUAAGUGCAGUGGUGGCAACUUGCAAGUUAGCACCCGCUUUCAUUAUACAUAGUGAUAUUAAUUGGUUUGUAGUGUUAUUGCUUUUCUGCUUUGACAUAAGUCAAUGUUGAGAUAUUAAGACAUUUUAUUAUGUCUACUUCAUAUUGUUUUCUUGAUAUUGUAAAAUAUAGAGUGAAAUUUAUAAGCGUGUUAUUAUACAUAUUUCAAACAAAG